AUGACAGAUAUUGAUUCCUCAUUUCCGCCAGAAAUGUCAUUUGAUAAUUAUAAACUUUUAUCAAACUUAAUAUUAGUUUCAUUUAUAUCUUUAUCGUUUCGAUCACCAAAGUCAUUUUUACAUCUAGCAACAUUAAUUACAUUAACGAUUUGUUUUAUGAUCCAACCUAUAUUAUAUAGAGGGAGAUAUCCAGCAAACGAACAAGCAAGUGUAGCAGGAUUAGGGAUAAUACUCGGUUUUAAAAUGUGUUUUUGGUUAAAAAAAUUUGCAUCAUCUCAUUCUAUUGACGAUUUUCAACCAUUUUUCUAUACGUUAUUUUAUUGGAGAAAAAAUGUGACGAGUGGAAAAAAGGAAGAUUUUCAACCCACAAAUAAACAAAUACUUCAAAACAUUGUAGAAAGAAGUAUUUAUUUAUUUAUCAGAUGGAUCAUUUUUGAAAGUUGUUUUAAAGUCAUGGAUAUGUAUUCGGAUAUAAAUGAAAUUCCUUCUUCACCUUAUUUCUUUAGAAUUCUUGAUAUGUUUAGAACUGGAGCAUCACCUAUUACGAUGAAAUCUUUAUUACUUUGUUCCUUUUAUAUGGUACUUGUUUAUUUAUUAGUUAGCAAAAAUUACGAUACAUUUCUUUUGAUUUCGGGAAUCAUUUUACUUUUCUUGAACGUAAUAUUUCCUACGGUAAAUGAUAAAGAAAAGUCCUUCUUAAAGGGAAAAAUCUUUUCCGUUAAAAGAUGGUGUAUUUCAUUUUUAUUUGAUACGCGAUAUAUAUUUGAUUCACCAUGGUUAUCUACAUCACCAAGGGACCUUUGGAGUUUUAGAUGGCACACAUUAUACAAUGACAUCUGGAAAGAAUUGGCAUAUGUUCCAUUGAAACAUUAUUUAACCGAGGAUAAUUCGCUUUCCGAAAAUCGAAAGAAUUUAGCACAAAUCGGAGGAAUCAUGGGUGCAUUUUUUCUGAGUGCCAUAUUACAUGAAUACUUAACAUGGACAGAAAUGAAUGAAUUAACGCUAGAACAAUUUUACUUUUUUUUAUUUCAUGGCAUAAUAUUUGUUAUUUGGGAGCUCAUAUGUAUAAGCAAUGGCUGUUACCAUCAACAUUCACAAACAUCAAUAAGCGUCCUUAAUUAG